GCCCUCAAUAGAGCAACCUGACUUAUCUGUAAUGAAGCCAGCAACUAAACAAACAUGUACAAAUCUGUAAAUAACUUAACAUAACAUCAGAGCAUAAAAACCGUAAUACAAUUCUUUUUUACAGAAAUUCAAAGUGAAAGUUUCAUGGCAUCUGAAUAAAAAAAUCAACAGCGUUUUUAUUCAGCCAUUGCAAGUGGAUUCUCAAUGAUGGCUUCAGACCUCAGGAUUGUACUGCUUGGAAAAGCUGGAGCUGGAAAAAACAGAGUAGCCAAAGCCAUCCUUGGAGACAUCGAGCUGUAUGAAGAGCAUGAGAAGUGUGUUUUAUAUGAAGGUGAACAUGCAGGAAAGAGUGUAUGUAUGGUGGACACACCAGGAUGGGACAGAGUUUCUAUAGAGUGCACUACUAAGAAGAUCAAAAAUGAAAUCUCCCGAAGCGUAACACUUUGUCCUCCAGGCCCACAUGCACUGAUUCUGGUGCUGCCUGUAAACAUUGGUGAUGUACCUUCUCAAAAUGAGCUUAAAUCAACAAGUCGACAUGUGGAGCUGCUGUCUGAGAGAGUCUGGGAUCACACUAUGGUGCUUUUCCUGUGUGAUAGAGAUGUACAGGAAUCCACAAUCACAGCACACAUUCAGGAAGCUAAGAAACUACUGGAAAAAUGCAGUGGGAGACACUGUGUUAUGCGUCUCAGUGAAUCUAAAACGGAGGUCCAUGGGCUGCUUAAAGUGAUCGAGAGCAUGGUGAAAGAAAAUCUGGGUGAUUCCUUCCUGCCUCAGGUUUACUAUGAAGUAAUACAGAGCAAAAUAGCAAAGGAUAUCAGCGAGUUGACGAAAAAGUAUGAGGACAGAGAGGAAAUGCUAAAACAAGGAUAUCAGAAAAGACUGAGUCAGUAUAAAAAACCGUCUGAGGAAGAACCUGUGCUUAAACAAAGACGUGGAAGUAUCACAAGAUCUCGCCCAUCUUUCAAUGAAGAUGAAAACCAGGCAAUGGAUAUUCAUGCCAUCAAGAGCAGAUACCGGGAUGAACUUCUGGCACUUGCAAGAUAUUACUUGAGACCGAUAAGUCUGCUUGUGUUGGCUAUGAUUGGUGCUCUUAUUGGAUCAGUAGUCGGAUCUAAUUUUGGAGUGGUGGGAUCUGGUACUGGGAUCGGCAUUGGAAUCGUAGUAACAGUUCCCCUGGCGUUAUUGCUGAUUAACGCUGCUAGCCUGGCACGACAGAGUUCAACACUUGUGGAAGUGGGAAAACCAGAAAACACUGAUUACUGUCAGUAACUUAAAAUAAGAUAUACAUAUUCUAGAUUGGCAGUGCUAAAAGAAAGGAAUAAGCCACGUCAAGAUGGACACAGAAAAAUAUGUGGUGUUAAUGCUGAUGCAAAGCACAGUUGUUUUUUUUACAGUUGACGUGAGGAGAGAGAGGAACGCUGUCACAGAGUGACCAAAACUGCAGAUAUUCUUGCAGCUUCUUUAUUGUUGCUGUGUUUCUCUUGUUAACCUUUCUGAAUGUUCUAUUUAUUUGGAUGUCUAGUUUUUUCCAUUUUUUGAAGGACAUCCUAUUCUUUGUAUUGUCACGUGGUACUCCAUUUAAUUUACUUGUUGAUGAUGGUUUUGGGUGGUGUUUCAUUGUACAUGUAAUAUUUUGGAAGUUCUUUUGUUUCCCUUCCUUGUCUUUUGACAAUGAGAUGCUAUAUACUGUAAGUGUUGUAGGUUAUGCGGACCAUGACUUCAGCAUUCGGAUAAAACCAAGAAGUUCUCAGGAAUAUCCUACAGAAAGAGUUUCUCUUUAAUGGAGUUAAUCAGAAUCUCUUAAUGAGGGGUGUAAGAUAAUUUAUUAUCAACAUGAGCAAGAGACAAUCAUUUUGUACCAUUUCACUGAAACCUAAUAUUAUUGUAUUUAAUGUUUAUAGUAUUUAACACAUUUUAUAGGCAAAAAAAACGUUGGCAGCAUCCUUAUUACUCUCUUUCCUGGGAUUCGAUAAACCUGCUAAACUUUUAUGUUUGAUCAAUUCAUUACCACAAAACAUAAAAAUAAUUUAUGACAGGGCAGUAUUUUUUUUUAUACGUAAAGUCUCUGUAUAUUUUAUAUUUUUAUAGGCAAUUAAUUCAGUGUUUUGAUUAAUCUAAUGCAAUUUUGUAUGUGUGUAUAUAAGAUUUGGACACCUUUUCCUUCAGUGUUUUUUCUUUAUAUUUUAUUUUCAACAUUGUACAUUCAUAUUGAAGACAUUCAAACUAAAAUAUAAAUGUAUAUAAUUACGUGUUAAACUAAAUUUUUUUUAUACAUUCAGCUUUAAUGACAGCUUGGAAAAUGGUAUUUUCUUAUCAGAUUUAUGAAGGAGUUACGUGGAAUGGUUUUCAGUUCACAUGUGUGCAUUGUCAAGUGUUUAUUUGUGUGAAGAUAAAAGACAGUCCAUCAUUACUUUAGGAAAUGAAGGUCAGUCAUUUGGAGAAAUGUUGCCCCUGACCAUGCCCCUGUUCACAAAGCAAAUUUAAUGAAGAUAUGCUUUACAUAGGUUAGAGUGGAAGAUCUCGAGUGGCCUGCUACAGAUCUCUGAACUUAACCCUAAUAAACACCCUUGUGAUAAAUUGGAACGAUGGCAUCAGUAUAUGAUUUUAUUUACGCCCUUGAGACUGAAUGAGCCGAAAUCUUGACAAACACACUACAAAAUCUAGUGGAACAUCUUCCCUUUAGUGGAGGUUGUAAUAACAGCAAAUGAGACUAAAUGUGGAAUAGGAUGUUCAAAAAUCCACUUGUGUUCAUGCUUGUAUGUAAUGUAUAACCAGUAUACCUGUUACACAGAAGAUGACUCUUGUGGAUAUUUUACUAUGUUCUAUAAACCUUUUAGAGAAAUAUUUACUGUAAUUCACACAUUGUUGGUUUUCUUUUUUUUUUAAGAUUUAUUUUUUCACAUUUUUGGUGUGAUUCAAGAGACCACAACAGAUCCAUAUCUGAGCAUAACAUUUUAGUAAUUAUUUAUGUCUUUUUAAAAAUAUACUUUAUGCUUUUAUAUGCAGUAAAUAAUUCCUGUACAAAAGUGAUGAGAAACCAAAUAAAAUCUACGUUAUAA